AUGAGCAGUGACAGAGACUUUUCCUGUCAUUAUCGAGUUAUCGAGCCGACUUCCAAAACGCCAUUCAAGCGGGAUUACCUGGUGGAUGCAGCCAAGCAGCUUCAUGUGGCGCAGGAGCGAGAUGCUAAUGAGGAGUAUGAGGCUGCAUUCAACCACUACAAGCAUGGCGUGGAGCUCCUGCUCAAUGGGGUGACAGUGGAUCCGAGUCGGGAGCGCCGUGAUGCAGUCAAACGAAAAAUCUCACAAUACUUAAAGCGUGCUGAAGAAAUUUUCAACUGUCACUUGCAGAGGCCUCUGGGAAGUGUGGGUGGAGCAGCAGAGGGUUACAGCAGCUUGAGAUUUCGACCAAUCAGAGUCCUGAGCGCAGCUGUGGAAAAUUUGAAGCGUUGCCAAGUGUUGCAGAUUAUUGACAAGGUGCAGUUGGUUUGUGAUCCAUCCUCAGGUGCAACAUUUAUCCUAAAGUCUCUGAUGAAGUCCGGCCGCAGUGGUAAUGGAACCGUAACAAUUAUUCCACAGGGUGUUCCCUUCAUGGUUCCGCUGCAGCGAUUCUACGUCAGUGAUGACUCUGUGUACCUCCAGUUGCAGCACGUUAAAGGUGGCCGACUUUGGGACCAUCUCAGGAAUUUCCAAGCACAAGAAACAAACACCAGACAAGUCCCGCCGGUGCCCAUCUGUAUGGCCGAUCAGGGCAUCAGCCAAGCACAGCUUAAACGAAGUGUGUCUCUGGACAAUGUUUCUCCAGCAGUGGGUGUCCCAGAAUCAGAGGUCCGAUUGUGGGCUGCACAGCUGGUGCUGGCGCUGGAUACUCUUCACCAGGAGGGGGUUCUGUGCCAGGAUCUGAAUCCUCGCAACCUGCUUAUGGGAGAGAAAGGUGAGGUAUGCUUGACGUAUUUUGGCCAGUGGCGAGAGGUCGACCAUGUCUGUUGUCCAGAGGCCGUUGAGAACCUGUAUGUGGCACCAGAGGUCCUAGGGGUAGGGCCAGUGAGUGAAGCCUGUGAUUGGUGGAGCCUAGGAGUUCUGCUCUACGAGAUAUUGUGCGGCCAGUCUCUUUGCAGGAACCUGAAUUCGGGACUCAGUGCUCACAUGGAAAUCCCCUACCCAGAAUUCCUCAGUGCAGAUUCCAUUUCUCUGUUGAGGGAGCUUCUGUGUUACGAUCCAGAAAAGCGGCUCGGCUUUGGCCCAGGUGGUGCGCAGAAGAUAAAAUCCCACCCUUUCUUCAGCGGCAUCCAAUGGCACAAGCUGGUGUGA